GUCAGCGUCAUCGUGGUCACGUUGUAAGUCAGUGCACACACACACGAGAGGUGCAAGCAUGCAAGAUGUCCGCAAGGCACACGCCUUUGCACUGAUUUGGCCUUCAGACGUGCACUUGUGUUCCGAGGGGAAAUAAGCAGCACAAAAUGCAUACAAAGCAACCAUCCCACCCCCCGAGAUCAUCCUCGCAACACCCACGCCAGCAAACCACAACACACGGACACCCGACACGCCAACUCAAUCACACGAUGCAGACAAAAACCGAGUUGACCAGCUCGCCCCUCAGGCAACGCACCUCAAGAGGGAGCAAGGAGCCUGCAGCCAAAACCAGUCAUUUCUCAUCCAUCAGCAGUAUCGGCUGUGUUCGCUCUUGUGUGUCGGGCAUCAACCGACGCAUCACUCCUCCCCCCCUCUCAGUCAGUCGAUCCCCAGCGACACAAACUCUCCCCCACUGCUGCCCUCGACACGCCAGCCCAGCUGCCGCCACACAAAGUGGCAGUCCUCAUCGCCCAGGUGCUCGUUGAAGCCCUUCACCACCGCAUCCGCAAGCCCCCACAUGCGCAACGCAUGACGCGGGGCCGAGUUGCCGAGCGACUCCAGCCGCGCCUUGUGGACCACCUCACGCAGCCCCAGACGGCCGGCCGUGUGCACCACAUGAGGCGGACGGCUGUCGGCCCCAUCGGCGACGGCGAAGCACUGCAGCGGCACCCGCACCACCACGCUGCCCACAUUCUCCUUGCGGCCCACCACCUCCCUGUUGCUGCUGGCCCUGAGCACUGCCGAGCGGACGAAGUGCUCGACGGCCGCACGCACACGCCGGGCCAGGACGCUGUGCCGCACACCGAUGGCCUCACUGAUGGCCUCCCGGGCGGCAGCCAUGUCGAAGAGGUAGGAUGCGAUGCGCCAGCCGAAGAUGGGCGCCUCGUGGGGACCGACGGCCAGCCGGGGGGUGAGGAGGGCCGCGAGUGAGCGAUGGGGGGCGAGGGCAUUGUUGACCGCCGAGAUGACGGCACCCGGCAGCUCGUUGAGCACUGUCGCGUACUCGGCCAGCACCAGCUGACGCUGACGGAGGCUUGCCUGGAUGGCAUUGUGGUACGCCCGGAUGGCUGAAGGGGGCAUGUUGUUGUCUAAGCCAAUGCUGUCGAUGUCGGCGCCGGCCCGCAGCAGCGAACGGAUGGUCAGCUUGCGGUUGCGCAUCCGGAAGUCCUCUGGUGGCGUGUACGGCGAGAUCGUUUCGUAGGCGGUAGAGGCAGCCUCGGCCAGGGGCGUGAGUGUCGGUUCGUUGAUUUGGUCCACGGGCAGCCUGCGGCAGAGGUACUCGGUCACAUAGGGCGCGCCGAGAUAUGCCGCCGUCUGCAGCGGCGUUUUGCCAUUGAUGCCACCGACUGCCGUCAUGUCUGCCCCGUGCCGUACGACGAUGUCCAGGUAAAUGUUGAUGAACGACUGGGAGUAAUACCCCAACGCGCGCAUGGCUGCCAUGUGCAGCACGUUCUCGCUAUGGGGUUGUUCGGUGGCGAGAGAGGGGCUGCGUUCGAUGAGGGUGCUGUAGAAUGACAGAAGCCGAGUCUGAUAGUCGGGGGGAGGGGGAUGCCCGGAAUCGAGCAGCGGCAUGGGCAGCGCCAUCACCCAGAGUCCGUCCAGGUCGAUGUUGUCCUGCGCCAUCAGCAGCUUGAAUGCCGCCUCGUUGCCGGAUACGAUUGCCACUUGGAGGGGUCUUUCCUCCGCGCCAUCGGCCGCGUGACGGGCUUGUCCACCGUUCACGUCGGCGCCUCCGUCAAUCAGCGCAGUCAGGAUGGCCUCCUGCAGCUCAUCUGACGUCCACUGCGGCAGGGCGACAGCAUCCAAAUCCGCAUUAGCUCGGAUCGACAGCACGGUGUUGCCCGAUGUGUUGUCGAUAGCGAGAGCGAGCAUCGAAUACACACGGAGGCCACACCUGGUGCGGAAGCCACACCUGCUGCCCUUUCUUCGCAGCCCAGCCACGGCACGGGGGUUGGCUCCUUGCUGCCGAAUAAGGGCGGUCAAUUGGUGUGGGCCGGUGAGGGUGCGGCCGACGAUGCCCGCUGCCAUUCGCUUGGUGGCCUCGUUGGUGCCCCGAGGGAGGAGCAUCUCCGUGUUGGUGGCCGUCAACCAGUUGAUGGGCAAAUCAGUGGGGGCAGCGGCGCCGUCAAAAGUGAAAACUGCACAACAAACAGGGGGAAUGUUUGUUGUGCCGGUUUGGCAUGUACGUGCCGUACCGCUCUUCUCGUCGAAGUUGUAUCCAUUGUGUUGGUCACUGUCCAGUAAGCCACCCUGCAGCAAACAGAUAGCCCCCCGAUGACGUUGGGUGGGUGGAGUUCGUGCCUUACGUCAUCAGCGGCUGUCGCACCCUCACGCUGCUGCUCGUCUGAAUGACAAGUGACACAGAAUGAGUGACACAAAAUGAGUGCACCUUUUUGUGUGUGUGGCUCACCGUCGUGGUUGGUGUCUUGGUGUGGCUGCCCGCUGCCGCCGUGCUCACGCACAUCCACUCCACCUGCUGACAAGCAUGCUCGUGGGGGGGUGUAUGGUGUCUUGUGAAUGUGUGUGGCAUUCAAAUACCUGCUUCGCCAUGCACCGGAUGGGCAGCCGAGGGCACGUCAGUGUCGGGCCGCUCAGACAUCACAAACACACACCGACACCUCAACGGUACACAAACAGUUACUGUCGUCUUUCCACGAUUGACGGUCGCUGACGCUCACUGUGUGGUGCUGUCUGCGUUGCCUCACCGGCACUCAAUGAAUGAAUGGAUGAAUCAAUCAAUCAAUGAAUGAAUGAAUGGCUCUCCGCCACGACAAAGCUGACCUGAACACACAAUCACAUGCCGUCUGCCUUUCAUGGUGCCUGAAUAGUUCGUCACUCACCGGGGCAACUGAAUCCAGCAGGUCGGGUGUGUCAGCUCCUUCAGCAGCCUCCCACAACGACGCGAGAGGCAGGUCCGCUAUGCAUGCGAUAUCGAAAGAGAGGCUGAAAAGGGAAAUGGUCUCAUGACUCUCAUCCGCUGUGGCCAGUCUGCUCCACAGCCGCCUCUACACAACGGCAAAUGCCGGC